CGCGCCGCCGCCUCCUGCACCACCAGCGCCCAGCCGUCGCCGCCGCCGGAGAAGAGGAGAGAGCAGCAGCAGCCGCCAUGGGUCGCGUCCGCACCAAGACGGUGAAGAAGACCUCGAGGCAGGUCAUCGAGAAGUACUACUCUCGCAUGACCCUCGACUUCCACACCAACAAGAAGGUCCUGGAGGAGGUCUCCAUCCUCCAGUCCAAGCGCCUCCGCAACAAGGUGGCCGGCUUCACCACCCACCUGAUGCGCCGCAUCCAGCGCGGCCCCGUCCGCGGCAUCUCCCUCAAGCUGCAGGAGGAGGAGCGCGAGCGCCGCAUGGACUUCGUCCCGGAGAAGUCCGCCCUUGAGGUCGACGAGAUCCGCGUCGACAAGGAGACCAUGGAGAUGCUCGCCUUCCUCGGCAUGGGCGACCUCCCCGGCGUCGACCGUGCCCCCGAGGUCACCUCCUCCGCCCCUGCCUUCCGCCAGCCGUUCAACGGGCCCCGCGGCGGCAACCGCGCCUAGGUUCCUCGUCACAUCGUCGUCCUCUCAUCGCAACUCCCUAGUUACCCUACCAUGUUUUCUAUAUUUUAGAUCUGUGGUCCGUUAUGUGGCAAGUAUGAUUUUGAACUCAAUGCUUUAAAUUCGAGGUGUUUUGAUCUGAGUAUGGUGGACAUGUGAUCUGUUUAUCGCACUGUUAAGAAAUCUUAAGUGAUUCCAUAUAUUAUUGUUA